AUGGCUGUAUUAGCAACGUCAGCAGCGGUAGCAGCAAGAGAACGUGCUCAUUGCGCUGCCCAACGUAGCAACCUCCGUUCUUUGCGCUCUGGUCUCCUCCCCUGGUGGUCUCUCCUCUGCUUCUUUCUUCUCCUUCCGCCCUCCACGUUCCCCUCAUCCGCUUCAGUCACCGCGCAACUGCAAGUAGCGCACGCAUCGCAAGCAGCGCAAGCGGAAUCUGACUGGGGGGCCGCGCAUGCGCGGGUUGCGCAGGCGGAUGCGGAGGCGGACGAGGAGGGAUUUGAUUGGCUGCUGCGGGAGCUAGGGGGAGAAACCUCCGCGGAGAGCGAUGAGGGGGAGGCGGAGGGUGGCGCGGAGGGAUGGGAGGAAAUCCCGCUGGAAGGUUUCGGGUUUGCGGAGCUGCUGACGUGGCUGCGCGCCAAUGGGGCGUGCGGAGAAGUGUUGGAGGGGGAGAGCGUUCGACUCUCCGCGCCCUGCGCCCUUGCCGCCUGCCUGCUGCUGCUGCAGCAGCAAGGGGAGGGGGGCGAGCCGGGGGAAAGGGAGGGGGAAGGUGAGGGCGCAGGGGAGAGCUGGGGAGCGCAAGUGACUCCUGCUGUGCUGCCGGCGCUGCUGGCGUCCCGCACGGCCCACCUGCUGCCCUUGCUCAGAAACGACCUCCCCCACCUGCCCCUCCUCCACCAGUGCUCCCAUUCCCUCCCCCCACUCUCCAUCCCUCUCCCAUCCCCUCAUUUCUCUCCCUUCCCCCACUUUGCCUCCCCACUCUCACCACUCGCCCUCACUCAACCAGUCGGGCUUUCAUCUGAGGGCUUUCCGCCUUCUAUGUCCCAUUUACCUUCCCCCUCCCUCCCACCUCCCCGCAAUCCGCAGCUCACCCACGCGGGGUUCCACCUGAGAGCGUCAGAAGCCAUUCCCACCGGGGCUGCCCUCGUGCUGCCUCUCAACGGCGGCCUGCCCGACCCGCUACAGCCCGACCCGCUACAGCGCGACUCGCUACAAGUAGCAGCGCAUGCAGGGGCGCAGGGGACAGCAGCAGAUUUGGAGAGCGAGGAGGUUGAGGAAGGGGAGGGGCGGGCGCGCUUGUCUUCUCUGGGGGAGGUGGAGGAGGCAGACAGCCAUGUGUCGCCGGUCACGCUGCUCUCGAACGACGAUGCCUUCCUCUCCCUUGGGAUCAUCCCCGCCUGCUCUGCCUUUGACCGCGUGCAGAUCUUCCCCUCCCUACUCAGCGUCAUUCGCAGCAUCUCAACACCCGCCUUCCCCGAACCUUCCUUCCGCGCGCUCUUUGAAGCGCGGGCGGCAGCAGCAGGCAGGAAGGCAGUGGAGCAAGUGCGGGCAGUGAAAGAGCAUCUCUUCUCUGCCGCCCUGAAAAAAGGCCUUAUCACCACCACCCACACAAGUGCCAACACCCGUUGGGGUUGGGGCCUUCCCAACAGGUUGCAGCAAAAGGGAAAAGCCUCCCAAGGGCCUUCUCAGAGGGACAUGGGGAAGGGUGUGGCAGAGGGUGGUGUGGCAGAGGGUGGAGGGGACGGGACUGGGGAGCUCAAAGCAGAGGCUUCUGAAGCUUUGGGGAACAGCAAGGAAGAGUGCUUUGGGGAUGGGGAGUGGGAUUUGGAAGGGAUGGGGCGCGUGCUGCAGCAGAUGCUGUUCUGGGAGCGACGGCAGGGCAUGCGAGCGAGAUUGGCUGAGAGACUGGCAAAGAGAGUGAGAAUGGCAGCGGAGAGAGAAGGGAGGGAGGGGGGAGAGGGGGAAGAGGGUGGCGAUGGGGAAGGGGGGGGAGAAGCGGGAGAUGCAGGAGAGGCGGGAUGGGGGAGUGAGACAGGUGGUGGGAGAGGCAGCGGGGGGGAGGAUGAGGGAAGGAUGAAGGAGGGGGAGGAGGGAGAGGUCGAAGGAGGGGGGGAGGGGCUGUACGUGUACGCGGAUGGCAGGAUGGACCCUGAGCUCGUUGCUCAGUACACUGCCGCUGUGCUGCUGGCUGUUACUGGGGAAGAAAUCGAUGCAGCGCUGCUGGCGAGGGUGAGUGUGGCAGUGGCGUGGAAUCUGGACGGCACCACCACCUGCACGCACAUGCAUCUGCUCUCCCUCCCCUCCCACCCGCUCUACCUCCCCCUCUCCUACUCCCCCUCCGCUUUCCUGACAAGCCUUCCUGAGAUUCUAGACGUGGUUGUCAGCAGCUUGCAGCGGCCAGUGGGGGAGCUUUUAACGAGGAUAGAGCAGGCGUUGGGAGGGGCGAAAGCAUGGGUGGAAAAGGGGAUAGUUUGCCGGGAAGGGAGAGCAGCGGGGAUUGACUUGGUUCAAGUGGACGAGGCUUGCCGGCCGUCUGUGCUUGCCCACGUGGCGCCCUCCCAUUCGCUGCUGCGAUUCCUCGCCAGCAAGCGCAGCAUCCUACUGGCUGCCUCCGAUCGCCUCGCCUCCGCCUGCAAGCCCCAAUCAGCAACCGCCACGUCAGCAGCAGCAGCAGCUGAACGAGAUGCAACAACAGUUUCGUCCCAAGGGGGAGAAGAGCACGAGGAGGGGAGGGAAGAGACAGAGAGGGAAGGAGAGAGGGAGGAGGGAAAGGAGGGAGAGCAGGGAGGGAAGGAGGGUAACGUGCAAGAAAGAAAAGGGUCUGGUACACAGGCCAGGGUGAUUGGAGAGGACAGACAGAUGGGGUUUGGCAGGGGCGGCAGUGAGCUGACGGGGAGGGCAGGCGUGUGGAGUGAGGUGGCGGGGAAGAGGAUGGGUGAGAUGGGGGAGGAGGAGCGGGUGAGGGUGUUUGUGGAGUGGGUGCGGGCGAAUGGCAUGGCGGACUACAACAAGCCUGGGUCAGGGAUUGAGGUGCGUUGUGACGGGCGGGUUGUGACUGAGGCAAUAGGACGGUGGAAUACAGAAAGGCAGGCUUGGGGAUUGAUUGAGGUGUGGUGUGAUUCGAGGCGGUUGUGA